AUGGUCAAGCUGUUUUCGAGAAAGAUCGACCAGGUGGCGGUGGGAGCAGGUGUGGGAGGGGGUGCCGACCACGAGGGAGGAGGCGAGAAGACGGGACGCGUCGUGAUUGAGUACAGCGUCGAGGAGGAGGCGGAGAUCGAGGAGGAUACAUCGAGGCAGGCUCAGUACGGGGCGAGCGGCCCGGGCGGCGAUGCAAACCAGGACGAGGACUGGAGCUCGGGAUCGAGCUCCGGCUCGAGCUCGAGCGAUGAGUCGGUCGAGGACGACGGAGAGGGCGCCGGACAUAGAACGGAGCGUACGGGGGAGCACGGAGUGGCGCUCGGGGAGCGCGUGGACGAGCGAAUAGAGCUUAUCGAGCAGCAGGCGACAGGGGAAACCAAGGUUGUCGAGGAGCAGGAGGGCGGAGCGGCUGCGCAGGAGGGUGGGGUCGGAGGGCAGCAGCAGGUGGUGGGCGAGGCGGUUGCGCAGGAGGGCGGGGCAGGAGGGCAGCAGCAGGAGGGCGUGGUGGCUGCGCAGGAGGGUGGGGCAGGAGUGCAGCAGCAGGAGUUUAGGGUUGCGGCUGCGCGGGUGGGUGGGUCAAGAGGGCAGGAGCAGGAGGUCGGGGAGGCUGCUGAGGAGUAUCGUCGAGGAGAUGAGCGACAGGCCGCCGUAACAAGGAGCCACCGCACGGCCAGUGGCAGCGGACAGGCGGGCCCUUCGACCGGGUGGCGUUCGACGGCAGGCCAAUCGACGGCGAACGUUGCACCGGGAGGCCAGGUCGUCGAGCUACUGCAGAGGGUCGAGAAGGUCGAGGCGUCGCAGAAGCAGCUCGUCGCCGAUGUCUUUGCGAAACACACUGAGCAAGCCGGAGUAUUCAACAGGUUUGCUGCGGAUUUUUGGAAGGCGUGGAAUACGAUUUCGGAGUCGUCGAAGAGCACACUGUCGCAGUGCGCCGAGGCUGUGAAGGGUGUCACGGCGGAGAGGAACCUGUUGGAAGGGGCGCGGGCGAAGAUCGACGAGAUGAGCGGGAAGAUCAUCAAGGGGGUGGCAGCCGCCAUCACAAAAGCAAGCGAGGACGCCGUUGAGAAGCAGCUCAAGCAGGUCGAGGAGCGGCUGGUUGCUGCGGUGCUGAAGGGUUUCGAGAAAGCCAUCAUGGAGGACAUGUUCUGCUCCACCCUCCCACCCGAGACCAUGAAGGAGCUGAAGGACAUUGUAAGGAAAGGCUACCAUGAAGCCGAAGCAGGGAGGUUGGAAGUCCUCACCGAAGCGAUGGCGAGAGGUUUUCAGCGCUCGGCGGGCCCGUCGAUGAGGUCGCGUCAGGAGGGUGUGGGAGGGGUUCGCAGCGGGGCUGAGCCUCGUGGUCACGAGCGGUCGGUUCCUCUGUCUUCUUCGGUGGGAGGACAUGUCGGCAGCCCGGUUGGAUCCCCACCGGCGCGUGGCCGUCAUCCCGUCGCCAAGCCCGUCGAGGAAGUCAUCGUACUCGACCAGUCGCCCCGCCCGAAGACCUCCGUAGCGGCUCCGAUCGAUCCACCUGAUGCGUUUGCUUCGAUGCGGGACAUGCUACAAGGCCUGGGGAAAACGGGUGGAAAAGGAGUGGUCGCGGGGGAGAAAAGUGGUGCCCCGAACGAGCCCGUCGCCUCGACCGGGAACAGAGCUCUAGGAAUGCGAGAUGCCUCUACCCCGUCAGGCGGCGGUGCGGGGAAAGGAGCGGGAGAAGCAAGCGCUGGGUUGCUGUCAAAGACUAAAGCGGCAUCAGCUGCGCAAGGCGGUGGUGCUGGCCUUGCUGUCGGGCUUGUGGGAAAUAGGGCGUCUUCCUCGACCCCUCCAGCUGCUCCUGUCGCCGCUGCUCCGUCCCUAGGCAACGUUUGCCUUAGCGAUCCGGGCUCCCCUUCAACGUCGAAGAAGAAGCCGGCUGCGUCGAAGUCGUCGAAGCGCGCUGCACACGCGACAUGGAGCCUUGACGUGGUGGAGCUGGCCAGCGUCCCUGGUCAGGCGCCUGUCGAGAAGACCUCUAUUGUCGUUGCUGCUCGACAGGAAAAGGCGACGAAGGCCAGGGUCACACCUCCUCGACCGGACGACCAAGGCAAGACGAGAGGCUGCAAACGUCCGUUCAAAGGACCGGGUUUCGGGUUGCGGAAGGGGAAGCCGGUUUCCGAGCAGACCGUCGGCAGGAGGAAGCGGUUCCUUGGCACUUUUGAAACAGAGAAGGACCAAAAGUUCUCAACUGUGGCGAGCUUGUGGGCGGCCUGCAGGAAGUUGUCGAGGGAGGAUAUUAAGAAGGAUGCCCUAGCUGCCGCAAACGCGGCGAUCUACGCCCCGGAGACUGCAAAGAAGGCUUGUGUGGCUGCCAUGUCUGCACUCGUGUCCAUACUUUUGCACGUCGGCAAGACGUUCCCGGCGAAGCAGUGGCCCGAUCACCUGUAUUCGUCGGCUGUCGAAGGUCUCGGCUCGACGGACGCCAUACUGCUGCAGAUGCUGCGCGUGGCAGCACAGGUCUGUACGCAAUGGUGCUGCUGUCGAGCUGUUGCCCGCUUGCUGGAGGACGCGGGCUAUGGCAGCCUGGCUAUGCCAGAAGGAAAGAGCAAGGCGAAGCAGGGCGACGAGGAUGCAGCUGAGACGGAAACGGGCGGGCAAGGGGAGUAG